AUGUAUUUAUAAAAAAAGUAAAGAACUGCAGGCUGGGCGCAAACUGCUUUGCAAAUGGCGUACCUAGAAAUUUUAUAUUAAGUGUUGUAGUGUUUAAAGGAGGUAAUGUUGACAUUUUUAGUUUGAACGAAACCAUACAAAUACUACGAGGAGCCGCCAAAUAAUAUCUUCGUAGUAAAUGUUAAACGGCUCUAUAAAAAUGGCGAUGGAAGUUGAGUACUCGACCAGGGAACGGCAUUUGGCUGGGCAAUUGUUUGAUUAUUUUUGCACUACCCAGAGUAUGAAAGAAAUUCUGUCGUCGUAUACACUGCUGUGUGACGUACUCAGAUUGAAGCCUAAUAGAUUAAAUGAUUUUUACCCGAAGCUUAAGGCCAUAUUGAGCAAUAAUUGGAAAGCCCAAGCGCUGUUCGCGAAAUUUGAUGAAAGAGCGAACCAUAAAGAAUAUCAAAAGGGCAAAGCAUGUUCAAAAACGCGUGUUCUAAUAAUUGGUGCGGGUCCGGCUGGUCUUAAAAUGGCAAUAGAAUGUCAGUUACUAGGAGCGAAAGUGGUGCUGAUAGAGAAAAGGGAUGAGUUUUCUAGAAAUAACGUAAUCCAUUUAUGGCCGUUUGUGAUACAAGAUCUAAACAACCUUGGCGCUAAAACGUUUUACGGAAAAUUUUGCGCCGGUUCUAUCAAUCACAUUAGCAUAAGACGUCUACAAUUUAUUUUACUAAAGAUGGCACUGCUGUUAGGGGUUGAAGUACACCAAUGCAUUGCCUUCGAUGACCUUGUGGAGCCAGAAAUAAGCGAGGACGAUGAAAUUACAGGAUGGCGGGCGUUAUUACAACCAAGGGAACACCCUGUAUCACAAUACGAAUUUGACGUGCUAAUUGGUGCUGAUGGGCGACGUAACUCGCUACGAGGAUUUGAGAAGAACGUAUUACGUACAAAAUUGUGUAUAGGCAUAACUGUCAAUUUCAUUAAUCGAAAUACUGAGGAGGAGGCUGCGGUGAAUGAAAUUGGUGGCCUCAGUUAUAUAUUUGCCCAACAAUUUUUUAAAGAUAUAGAAAGUUCUACGGGUAUUGACCUAGAGAAUAUAACCUAUUAUAAAGAUGAGACGCAUUAUUUUGUAAUGACAGCGAAGAAAAGUAGUCUUAUUAAAAAGGGCGUACUAUUGAGGGACUACUUGAAUGUAGCAACUCUUUUAAGUAAAGAAAAUGUAUCAAGAGAAGCAUUGAUGAAUUACGCACUCGAAGCCGCCCGUACCGCCACCAAAGGGCAAAUUCCUAACAUGACAUUCGCAGUGAAUCAUUGCGCGGAACCUGAUAUAGCAAUAUUCGACUUCUCAACGUCUUAUUCAUCGGAAAAUGCUUCCAUCGUGUACGAGGUUUUAGGAAAGCGGUUGUUAUGUCAGUUGAUAGGCGACAGUUUGAUGGAGCCGUUUUGGCCCACCGGUUCGGGGUGUGCUAGAUGCUUCCUUUCAGCUAUGGAUGCUUCGUGGGCCGUACGCUCGUGGUGCCAACGGCCGGAGAAGCAUCCGCUGCUUGUCAUAGCUGAAAGGGAAAGCAUUUACAGAUUACUGCCGCAAACUACUGCAAACAACUUACAGCCCAACAUUCCGGCCUACACAUUAGAUCCCAUAUCCAGGUAUUCUAACCUUAAUACUCGAUGCGUCACGCCGAAUUCCGUUUCGAAACUUUAUAUAAGCGAUCACCCAAUACCAUUGGAUGCAGAGAUGCCUCAGCGAGAGACAGGUAAUGUAACGUUAAGGGCGAUGCUCAACUGGGCUGGACAUCCGGACUUGCAAUCGGCGACAUGCCCGAAGGCCCUUUGGGAUAUUGUGAUGAGGUAUCGGCACGACCUACUCCCUGAAUACAACGAAGAGAACUAUAGCCUUAUAUAUCAGUUGCUGGAAGAAAAAAUCUUGCCACCAUUACAACUUGAAUACGAUUUAGACGACACGCCUUAUAGGUACCUGUUGGGUGUCUAUGUCGCUUUUAAGGGUGAAGUGGCUUACGUGCCGAGCAUCGCCUUAGACCAAGACAGUAUCCUUGCGCUUUUCCAAUCAAUGGUUUCUGUGCCAAGACCUAUGCCAGUUCUAACAAAUACAACAGUUGCAGUUCCUAGUAUAAAUCCGAACAGACGACAAACAGUUGAUAAUAGGGUAAGUACAAACACAGCUGACUUCAUUAGGAAACGAAUCGGCAAAUUAGAUAUUAAUGAUAUCACCAAACUCGCACGUUUAAUGGAAGGACAUGAUGCAAUAUCAGACUCCGAAUAUUCCGUUAAACAUAAAGAGAUUCACGAUCAAAUAAUAGCGCUCCUAGAUCCUGACGAAUCACCGGACCCACAGAUGGUUAGAGAGGCUAUAACAGAUUUACUUCAAGGAUCUUCCAGAAGUAAAGUUAACCCUCAAGGAGACCUGACGAAAUUCUUCGCAAACGAAAAGAUAAAUGAAAAAAAAUCGUCUAGAUGCCUUAAGGGUCUCGAUCCCGAAAGUGUCAAACCUCAAGAUAUUUUGUAUUUCGAUGAAUCAGAAACAAACCGUUGUGCAAUAUCGAAUAUUUUGGAGAAAAAACCUAUUAAGAAGCUUGUGCGUUCACAAUCAGAUGAAAGUCCCGAUGUUCCUAGCAUUGACAUAAUUAAUCGCAGAAAGAAUUCUGAUUCGAUGGUAAGCGUUAGAACCGGUUCUUCGGAAAUUGGUCACGGUAUAAAAGAUAUGAGAGAUUUGUUUGAAGGGAAAUUUGAUAAUAGGAAUGAUGAAAACAAUACUUUUAUAACGCAUAGAGAAGACAGGAAGAAGAUGUGUAGAGAUCUGCGCUGGCAACAAUUUGCAAAUAUUAUUGAAGGCAAGAACAACGACUCGUACUGUGCCGAACCCAAAAAAGUUUUGUCUAUAGGAAACGCUGAAUUAGCCGAAAAGCGACUAAAAAUGGCAGAACUGCUGUUAGGUGUCUCGCAAGAAAACGCCUCUGGGACUACACCCCCUCGUAAUUCUGGAAAUGUGGCCUUUAGAAUGCAGAGAAUCACAGAUAUGAUAGCAAGAAACAACAAUCAAGCAAAGCUACCUAAAGGCACCAGUAGAAGGAAAGGGGCUCGUGAAAUGAUGAAGGAACGUGUGGAGAAAAGUCUUCAAUUGCUGACACUGGAACCGCUACCCGCUGUAUCCCAGACCGACUUAGAACAUGAUUAUGGACUACAACAGUACAGAGCGGACGCUCCGGACUUCGACGUACGAGUUAAAAAACUAGAAAAACAACUUCAACACUAUGACGAAUCAGCAAUUGAACCAAUAAAGGCAAUCGGUAGUGGUAUAAGAGUGGCUCAACUAGCAGCCGAGUUAAACUCGACGGCUCUACCUAAACCCAAACCGUUAAAGCCAAAAGACCUAAUGAGGGCUAUAGGAAAGAUAAGUCAGGAUGACUGGCAAAUAAAACAAAUCGAAGGAAAGAUUAACGAGAAUAGAUUUGGGCGUCCAAUGCCAUCAGCGGCAGAACGCGUACCCAAAUGGGACCGGGAACAAUUUCUUAACAGACAACAUAGGGUACAACACGGUCAGACUGAGGACAAGUGGACGGCUGGUGAUACAAUCAUAAAACGGGUCGAUACCAAACUGAAGGACACUGGAAGGCCAGAACAAGGAAGGACUUCGGUAAAAUCUCUGAUGGCGAAGUUUUUGGAUAGGCCGGUCCCCCCGGUGCAAGUUCUUCAAGAGAAUCCGGGCCUAUCGAGGGGAGCAAAGCGAGAUGUAGACCGAAAUCCAGCUAUUGUCCAACCUGGUAAUGCUCAUCCUACCAACUCCACGGAAGCGGUAGAUAGCCCAACGGGUCAGGACGUGGACAGCAUUCCUAAUCCCGCAUCAACACCGAUGUCCACUGAGGUUGUCGAUAGGAGUAUUAUUGGGCUCGAAGAUAGCCCAACGAACCAGGACUUGCCUAGCAUUUCAACAAUAAACGAAUCAAAUACAACUAGGUGUUAUCCUGUAUAUAAUGAUAGUGAUGACUACCAAAUGGAUGACGAUAUGCUGAAUUAUCUUAAUGACGUUUUUGAAUCUGCGCCUAUAAAUAUGCCGAGUACCUCUGCGUAUGAUGGUUCAGCAUCUAGUUUGGAAACAGCUUCAAAUCGGCAACAGACGAGGAAAAAACGACCACACAAAAAGAUCGCUUCAUCCAGCAGCGAGAUGGAGUCUGACGAAGAGGACAGUGAUUCUAGUGAUGACGACGAAAAGUCAUCAGGCACUGAAGUUUCAACUGAUAGUGAAUUUGCUUGUGAAGACAUCGGCGUCAAUAUUCCACCUCCUGCUAUACUAGUCACUGAAGCUCCUCCUCAUAUUUCACCUCCUCAAGAUUAUCCCCUAAAUCGAACAAAAUCUGCAGGCGGCUUAGCCACUAAACGAGCUCUUGAGCUCAAACGUAAAUAUUUAUUAGGAGAAUCUAGUCCACCUGCCGUCAGAAAAUCAGAAUCCACCUCCCAAUUAGACUCGAAACUCGAAGCGUUCCGAAUAAACAUCACGGAGUUCCAAAAAAUGUUACAUCCUGCAACACCUACACCUCAGACAGGCACACCCAUCCUCUCGUACCAAUUUACUUUCGAAGAGAAAAAGCCACCGCCUGACAUACCUGACAUCAUUAAGAAUAUAUGCAACCAUGUCCCAGUUGAUUUACUUACUAAAGGUGAUUCUAUACUCGAUUGGAAGAAACCAUUUAGAAACGAGAGAGAUCCAGAUUUGGAAACGGACUCUCUGUCGGAUGAGUCAUCGACUUCUGAUACUGCACCCAACCGAUCUGUACCAAGACUCGAAGUACACAAUGAAGGUGGAGAAUUGAUACAAUUAGAUAGUUUAAUUCUAUUAAAUAAUGCAGUAGAAGAUAAAACAUAUUCUCGAACGACGGAAGAAGGUCCAGCUUCACUUGCCGAAGUAUCAGAAUCGUCCGAGUCUUGUAAAGAUGCAACGACACUUGCUCUUACAGAAACUGAACUAUCGGAUUGGGCGACAGAAAUUGUUGUUAUAGAUGACUGUGGGCUUGAUGAAAAUGGUCUAAGGAAACGAAACAAAAACCCCAGAAGUUUAAGUGGUCCAAAACUUAUUCAGGACCCUAAAAAUGUAGAAACCAUAUCGUCACACGUUUGUGGGCGGGACGGCCUGGAGUCCGAAUUAGUUGUCUAUUCGAACGCACCUGAAUACCUUGAAUUUGCUGACGAAGGUGAUCAGGAUCCUACCAUAGAAUCGACAUCAACGCCUUGUAAUGAAGGUUACAUGGAACUGGUUGAUGAUGAGUACGAUCCCUACUCGGCGUCAAGGGAUCGCUCUAUAAAUUUCAUAGAGAGAGUCUGCUCUGACACCACAAUCAAACCUGAUACGCACGAUACCCUCAAAUUUGCCUCAAACUUUUCGGAAUCACUAGAAUUCAUCGAUAGUUCAGAAUCCAAAUCAGGAAGCUUACAUAAUACAAAAAUUGCACCUGAAUCAUUUUCCUUUUAUGAGAAAAUGCCGUGUGGAUUAAAUGAAAGUAACGAUUCUUACAGUUCUUCCUGUGCAUUGAAAAAUGUUGAGGAUAAUAUUAUAAUCGAGGCUGUAAAUGACAUGAAAGUACAAAAAGAAUCGAUAACUUUAACGGAAAUGUCACCACCAUUGUUAAGUAUGACUGACAAAAACGGGGUCACAGUAAGUUAUAGUACCAAAAAUGGCAACUCUUUGGAUGAUGUAUCGCCACCGUUAGUUUCUGACAGUAUUAGCCAUUCUCGUAGCUUAACUAAGGUAAACUACGAGACUAAGCCAAUACCUGGAGAGAAGUUUAAAAAUAUACGCAAUUACUCGCCAGCAAUUUGCCGAUCAGCCAGCGAAAAUUUAGGUGGACCUCGAACUAAAAAGACGACUUCAACUGACAGUAAUUGGUCGAUACCUUUAAAUUAUAAGAUUCCUAGAGCUAGGGAUAGCCCUUAUCAAUUACAGUCACAAUUAACGAAAGUGGAAGAGUUGAAGCGGCAAAGAGAAGAACAAACUGAAGUGGUAAGAAGACUGGUCCUACAGCGAUUGGGUGGUGCGAAACUCGGCAAGAAAUCCACCUCAAGAAGUAGAAGUAGAGUUCUACCAUCAAGUAUGACUCCUCCCCCAGUACCUCCGCCGCCCAUCUUACCAGCGCCCUUGCUGCCCGACAUUUUUCCAGAAGUUCCCCCACGACCGACGUCACAGCCCCGACUGUCCUUAUCGAUGCAAUCUUCCCUCUCAGACCCAGAACUAAAUAGAGAACAACGCUCCAGCAAGGGUUUCCUUAAGAGUAUAUCUAAUUAUUUCAACAAGCAUCUUGGACCUAAGCACAAGUGUGAAUCGGAGCCGGACCUGACGACGCACCCCGCUCGGCCUAAUGAGAGAGCAAACACAAGUCGACACACGUGGUACCAGCCCACGGCAACUACACCUCAAUCUACGCCUCGCCCAACAGUGUGCGCGUCCAAAGCGAGUCCUCUCCGGGAGACUAGAGUGAUAAGUCCAAAUUUUCCACGGGAUCGAAGCUCUGGAACCCGCAUAGACACAGUAAACCAGCAGGUUGAUCAACGAGAUAGGCCUGAAUCAGACGUGUCGGAGAUGCUUCAGCCUGCAUCUCCGUCGGCAGCAGCUCCUACGACUGCUGGAAACAUACGUGAUAAAGUAGCUCGCGAGCAACGUCAAAAAACAAUAUGGAUAAAGAAGGCAAGACGAUUAGAAAGGAUUUCAAUACGUGAGAAUGAAAAUCAAGACCACAUCGUGGCUCAGAUAUUAGAUAUACGGGCCACGGAAGAGUCCCGGAGGUCAAUGGAAGAAGCACAAAGAGCGAUGGAAAGCAUGCUGAGAGCUAAGUGGGGUAGCGUCGGAGAAUAGCUACAUGUAUUAAGUAACUCGGUCGCUAAAUCGGGAUAAAUAAGUUUUUUAUAGUAUAUCUUAAUGAUUAAACGCUUACCCUAACAGACUGAGUAUAAAUGAAAACCCCUCGUGUGAAGAGAAGGGGUUUUCAUUCUUAAUUGAAAGUCAAAGACUAUUUUUUCUAUACAGUAAUAUUUAUAAUUAACUAGUAACAUUUUAUUCAUUUAUUAUUACCAAUUCCCUGCUUUUACACUAACGGCCUUAUUUAUUACCUUAUUAGGGUAGGUUUUAAUUCUGAGUAGUAAUUAGUUAUGGCGAACUGAAUUCAUUUACACCAAUCAAUCUGCAAUAAGAUAUCAGUCGGUUUACGUACGGUAUUGAAGCUAAAGGCCGUUAAGAAAUGUAUUAAUUUAAUGAUCCUAUAGAGGAUAUAGUAUUUUUCUGUAUUAUGGUUUUUAUAUAUUGUAUACAUAUUAAUUAUGCAAACGGCGAUUUUAUUAUGUGGCAACUGAUAGUUUUUAUGUAUUAUAAAAAACGAUAAUUGCAAUAUUGGGAUUUUGUUUUGUCUAUGGUGUCUUUAUUUCGGUACGGUAAAUUUUCGGGAGAUUUAACGUGCGAAUACACGGUGCACGGUCUAAAUAGUAUGUUAAGAGGAAUCGUUUAUGUUAAUAUGUAGUUUUUAAGCACGUUACCUCUAUUGUUUUUGGUAUAAUAGAGUUAGGCCGGAGAUUAGAUUCCAAAGCUUUAAAUCGGGUAUUAAUGGAAUAGUAUUUUUUUCGUCUGUUUUGUUGCCAGCGCACACUAAAGUAUUUUAAUAUUAUUUAUCGUGUUCCACUGUUGAUAUACCAAUAUUAAACGUGACGGUUUGAAAGGUGUCACACAUGAGUGAGAAAAGUGAUUCAUGUUUCAUGAUUUACAAAGGGGCGCGAGAAUUUAAACGAAUCGUUUGUGAUUAGUCGAACGGACUAAUGACGUUUCCUGGGGCGUGCCAAUUGGCCAAUCACAAUUGACUUAACAUUUUCAGUCUAAGGUGUUCUUCUCAUUGGGAAUUCGACACCUGAUAGAGUGUCAAGGUAUCCUCGCUUUAAGCUCUUGUGGUCAGCGCUGUGACUGACUCACUGUAUAAAAAAUUACCUUGGAUAGAGAUUAUAAAUUAACAUUAUUUUGUACUAUUUUUACACUAACUGUAGUGCUUUAAUAGCGAUAGUGAUUUUAAUCUUUGGCGAUAAAUGUCAAAGGGGUUCUACACUCGAAGAUUUAGCGAGAGGGGGACGUAAAUCGCUUACAAUGAGGCUUUUAAAGCUUCUUAAAGACUUUGUUAACCAUUCGCCUGUUAAAUUUUUCUUUGCGCUUUGUUGAUAUGAUAGAACAGCGCUUUUUUAAUAGUUUAAUAGAUUUAAGUUGUGAAUGAGAGUAUAAACUCUUCACGACGGUCGUUUUCGGUUUCAAGAGUACAGCCUCUUUAUUUAUCCUGAAACAUAAAAUUUGGAAAAGUGGAAAGGCAUCCAAGUUCCGAUAGGUUUGAGGAUAAUUUAACCGUUGAUAAAUCGUUGUAGCUACUAGAAUAAUAGUCAAUAUGGCCACAUCUAUAGAUAUAUAUUUAUACCGACAUAAUUAUAUAUAAUAGACUGAUCGAAAAAAAAAAAUUAUGUAAAAUAUAUGCAAAUGUGUACAAUGCUAGAAACAUGAGCGUUUCAAUAGGUUCAGGGAUAACACUGUUUAUAAUAGACAAUUUUUGAGAUAACUUGAACUAAUUAAAUAAUUAUUUUAAACAUUUAUUGAUGUGUUUAAGAAUGUCACAAAUGCCUUUUGGUCUCGGGGAAAUCUACUAUUUCUGACUCGCGAACUGAUGAUUUCAACAAAAAAUUGUUUCAUACGAUUUAUUUUUACAGUUUAAUAAUACUGAGGAGUUUAAGUAACAUUUUUGUUUCACCGUUGGUGAUUUUCUUUUUAGAAAUUUAUUAAGUCGUAGACAUUUUAUUUGCUUUUAUGAAGAUUGA